UGGUUUGUGGUGGGUUUUUUUUUUGCUUGUUUGCAAAAGCAAAACAACAGAUUUUAAUGCUGUUCUGAAACAUUUUUGCAGUUGUCUGAAUUAAUAAGGGAAAAGGAGCGUUGGUGUGCACUCCUAAUUCCAAAACAGUGGUAUGCCUUCCAGAUGCUCUGUUAAGUAAGAAACAGUCAUUUAAAUCAAUUUAUUUUUCCCAAAAGUCACUGCUUUACUUUCAAAAUGCCUGGGGCUUUUGGUGCAACAUCAACUAGUGUUGUAAUACUUGUUUGAAUGUGUUUGAAUCAUUUUCUGUUUUAACUUUGUUUUACAAAUAAAAUAAAUCUCAAUAGAACAUACCCGUGUUUUCCCAAAAAUAAGACCCGGUCUUAUAUUUUUUGGGCUCCAAAAUAAAUAAAGCACCAGGGCUUAUUUUCGGAGGAUAUUUUACAGUGACAUUCGGUACAAACAGCGAGGUGUGGCCUAUGGAUGGGGUGGAGGUGCACAGCUUCGAAGCACGGCAGCGAUUGGGCCAACCUUGGAGCAUGGGGACAGACCAGCUAUGAGUUUGGGCCAUGCUGGGUGGGCGUGGGAAAGGUGUGGGGGCAGCCAGGAGGAAUUAGCAUAUUUUGUACUUUUACCUGGAUAUCAUAUCGCAUCAGAUACACCGUGUUUCCCCCAAAAUAUGACUUACCCCGAAAACAAGCCCUAGCCCGAUUUUCAUGCCUGCAUUUUAUAAGCCACACCCCCCAAAAUAAGCCCUAGUUAAGCCCUGCCCACCAUCUGGUUACACGAAGCGUGUGUACAAAUCAAGCUGGGGUGGGGGGUGGAGCUGUCCCACACACCCUACACCCACUUACCUUAGAACCACCGCAGCCAGGCCUCCCAUGCUCCAACACCUCUCGUGCCGCUGCCUGAGUUUUUUUGCAGUGGUUCAUCGUGCCAGUGCUGCCGCUCAGGGCAGGAUGGUGCGUUGUGCCUGUGCUGCCACAUGUGGCACAUUGGGCUGAUGCUGCUGCUCACAGCAGGACACCGCAUGGCACGUUGUGCCAGUGCCGCCGCUUGCAGCAUGACACCUCAAGGUUCAUUGCACUGGUGCCACCACUCACUUGCACAACAGAACAACACACCACACUGCCUCCUGCUGCGAGCAUCGGCACCAGCAUAACAAGUCAUGCGGUGUCUGGCUGCAAGUGGCCACAGAAGUCAGGCAGCAGCACCACAGGUGUUGGCGCAUGGGAGGCCUAGCUGCGGAGGUCCUAAGGUAAGAGGGUAAGACAUCCUCCGAAAAUAAGAUCUGGUGCUUAUUUUGGGGCCCAAAAGAAAAUAAGACUGGGUCUUAUUUUCGGGAAAACACAGUAAUCUGCUGCUUUUGUGCUUCCCUGCAUAGAACACAAAUAGAAAAAAAAAAAAAAGAUACAACUCGUGAUUAUGACAUACUUUCCAUGUGUCCAGAUUAAUUUCAUCCAGUUCAUUUUAACUUCUUGGGGACUUUCCAUGGUGGCACAGUGAUUAGAAUACAGUAUUGCAGGCUAACUCUGCCCACUGCCAGGAGUUUGAUUUUCACUAGCUCAAGAUCGACUUAGCCUUAGCCUUCCAUCCGAGGUAAAAUGACCCAGAUUGUUGAGGGCAAUAUGCUGACUCUGUAAACCACUUAGAUGGUUGUAAAUCAUUAUGAAAUGGUAUAUAAGUCUUACUGCUAGUGCUAGUGCUAGUGCUAUUUUUGCCACUAUGCCCAAGCUGGAAAAAUCAUUUUUCAUCAAAUGCUCUACUGGGUAUGAAAUUGACUAGGAUAACUUACUUCUAAACAUGUGUGUGUUUUAUUUCAAUUUAAUUCCAAUUCAGGUAACCUCCCCUGUCUCUUUUCACCCUAGAUCGUGAUUUGUAUGUCUAGAAAUCUUGAUUACCCAGAGGGGAAAUGUUUUCAUAAUUUUAUUUUGUUAAAAAGUUUUUUAUGCAAUUAAAUGCUGAGGUCCCCAUGCCAUCGCUGUCUGUGUCCUCUAUAGAGAUAGGUUUUAUUCUGUUUGUUUGCUAAGUGAAGAAAGGCAAUUGUAUACAACAUCCAGUUGUAUAAGUUUUCCCCCUAUCAAUUGUGUAGUUGUGAGGAAGCAACAAGCAUCUACAGCAUGCAUCCUCAAAUACGGCCCGCGGGGCAGAUGCAGCCCACCGACCCAAUUUAUCCGGCUCGCGGAGUGGUGGGGUUAAGCCCCACCCCUCAUCCCACCCCUCGCCCCUCUCCUCCCAGCCACUUCCUGCAUAGCUGGCUUUUACUGGCUGAGGGGGCCCUGUUAUCUUUCACUGUCCAGCUGCACUUCCCACUUUUGCUCAUUUCAGUGGUUCAACGCUCACCACACGUUGCUGUUGCAAAGUUAAAGUCCAUGGCCUCUGAAGAUCUUCCAGGCCAGUUACCAAAUCUGUACGUCCGACAGAACUCCUCAAAUGCAGUUUCUCUAGAAUUUGACCCUGAUGUCAACUAUCAGUUUGUGGAAAUCUUAGAUGAACGAUACAAAUGUACACGCUGUCACCUAGUCCUCCAUAAUCCACACCAGACAGGAUGUGGACAUAGAUUUUGCCAGCAUUGCAUUGUUUCUUUGAGAGAUUUAAACACAGUACCUACAUGUCCUAUAGACAAUGAAAUAAUAAAACUUCAAGAGGUUUUCAAAGAUAAUUGCUGCAAAAGAGAAGUACUCAAUUUGCAAGUAUUUUGUAAAAAUUCACCAGCAUGCACUGCAAAGUUAUGUCUAGGGCGAUACCAGGAUCACCUGCAACAGUGUUUGUUUGAAACUGUGCAGUGUACUAAUGAAGGCUGUCAUGAAAAAAUUGUUCUGAAGGAUUUAAAAGAACACCUUAUUCAGCAAUGUAACUUUAGAAAAGAACAGUGCCAGUACUGUAAACAGCCUGUGAUAUCAAUUAAUUUAAAGAUCCAUGAAGAAGUAGAUUGUCCAGAUUAUCCCUGGAUUUGUCCCUAUGGCUGCAUGCAGAUGAUUCUGAUGAAAGAGGCAGAAGAUCAUGUUUUGGUAUGCCCUGAAAUGGAAAUUGAUUGUCCAUAUAAAAUGUGUGGCUGUCCUAAAAAGAUUAAAAGAAGCAAGCUUUUAGAACACGAGGAUAACUUCUUGAGAGAACAUAUGCUACACAUUGUAGAUAAGAACUCAAAGCUGGAAGAUCAGAUUUCUGACCUUUAUAAGAGCCUUAAAUAUAAAGAGAGAGAAAUCUUGCAACUGACAGAUAUGAUUAAAAAUUGUGAGAGAGAAUUCAGACAAUUAUCUCAGCUAUUUUGCAAAAACAGAAACCUGCUGGCAAGCACUCAGACUUUGGCCAUUCACAUUGAUAAAAAUACCUUCCUGGAAACACAAGUAAGACAGCUGGUACAAAAGACAAAUCAGCAGCAAAGCAAACUGGACCUGAGAACACUACUGGACACCAUUGAUAACCUAAAGCAGAAAGUUGCUCUUCUUGAAUCAUAUGAUCAACGUCUAGUUGUUUUAGAAGACUUGGCUACCCAACAAGAUGCUGUCUUCAGAAUGCAUGGGACACAACUUAACAAAAAUGAAGAACGGUUCAAAAUUUUGGAAGGAGCAAGUUACAAUGGAAAAUUGAUCUGGAAAAUUAUGGACUAUAAAAUUAAGAAGAAAGAAGCUAUAGAAGGGCACACCCUCUCUUUAUUUAGUCAACCUUUUUAUACCAGUCACUGUGGAUAUAGAAUGUCUGCCAGAGCAUAUUUAAAUGGAGAUGGCUCAGGACGGGGAACUCAUGUUUCGUUGUAUUUUGUAGUGAUGAGAGGAGAAUUUGAUUCAUUAUUAUCAUGGCCUUUCAAGCAAAAGGUUACACUUAUGCUUUUGGACCAAAGUGGAAAGAAAAAACAUAUAUGUGAAACUUUCAAAGCUGAUCCUAACAGCAGCAGCUUCAAAAGGCCAGAAGGAGAAAUGAAUGUGGCUUCUGGGUGUCCACGGUUUGUUGCCCACUCUAAGUUGGAAAAUGCAAAAAAUACCUACAUCAAAGAUGAUACACUCUUUCUGAAAGUAAUGGUAGAUUUGACUGAUCUUGAGGAAUUAUGAGAAUGCCCAUUAUAAAACAUUAGAGUGAACACUUUUAUUGCUCUCUGAAUUCUUUCAAACCUGUGAAAGCUGUUCUGUGGUCUACCAAGCUGUUUUUUGUACAGUUUUGAAAGACUGUUGUAUUUUUGUACUUUUAAAAUUUUGUCUUAAUAAAACAUGUUAAUGGUUCAGUGAAUCAUGAAUAUCCAGCAAA